CUUGUUCACGGAGAAAGUGUUUGAAGAGGAGAGAGAGAGAGAGGCUAUAUAAGACAUAAUACAGUGUUCAAGAAACUUAGUGUCGUGAGAGUGAUUCGUUAAGGAGAAUGGAGAUGUGGUUCAUCCUUUUGGUGGGCCUUGUGAGUCAAGGUUUAGCCACCCAGGUAAAUUACCAAACUUCAGCUUCUGCUCAAUCCUCUUCUGCAACUUCCUCAAAUCAACAGCAAUGGUCUUGGCAAGAAGAUCAAACUGGAUCUGCUUCUAAUCAACAAAAUUCUUUUCAACCAAGUAGUUUUUCUGCUCCUGAUACUGUUCCUCAAAUAGCUCAACAAGUGGAACAAGAACAGCAUGAAGUCUACGAACUUGGAACCAGUGGAAGUGAUCAAACUUCAGAUGCACUUUCUGAACAGUCGGUGGAAUCUGUGAUCGAUGAUAUUCUGGUAUCUAACCGACAGGGGCGAAAUCUAGACGGCUUCGAUGAAGUCUACGCUGAUCCAAAUGUGAAGAAUGCCCUUCAACUAGGAAAUGACACGAUUGCUCGAUCCUACAUUAGAGACAAGCUCUGUUCUCUUGGCCUCAUGAACUGCGAUAAUACAGAAGGCAGACGGCCUUUUUACUCACCACACCGUGACAUCCAGCCUCAAGAAAUAAUUUACGCCCAGCCGGUUACAAUAAAUCCAGUCGGUCGUCCACUUCCUGCCAUUCCAGUGAAAAGACCGUACGGUGCAGCGAGGCCUGUACCAUUCCCACCAGCUUUUGGUGCCAGACCACCUGGUCCCAUUUAUUCCAGACCACCACAUUCUGGUCCCAGUCAUGGAUCACACCCUCCCUUCUCUGGACCACCUCCUUCAUUCAAUGGACCAUAUGCUGGAUACAAAAAGCCAGGAUAUAUUCAUGGAUCAAAACCAGUUUACGAAGUUGGUAUUGACGGAGAAGUCGAAUAUGAGGAUAAGUACAUCAACAAAAAACAAAUGGUUGUUGGUCAGGGUUCUGGAGUUCAGCAACAUGUUCAUCAUCACUAUGUUCAUGGAGAUGAUGUUGGUAACAAAGAACCAAUUAUUCUUGGUGGAACAACUGGAGCCCUUGCUAACAAUGGUUAUGGUUAUGGAAGUGGGGGUGACUUCGAAGACUACAAGAAAGCUUUCAACACCAAGAGACCUUCUUCUGGAAACAACCUUUUGGGAGCUGCCACGGACAAUUAUGCUAAUAGGUAUCCUGUUUAUGAGAAACCAAAACAAACCUCGUUUUUCAAUGGCGAGAAGCAACUAGAAACUGGAAAACAGUUGAAUGCUGGAUUUGGAUCAAGCAAUAACUUUGCAUCUGGUAAUGGAUUUAAUUCAAAUGGAUUAACUUCUAAUGGAUUCGGAUCAAGUGGCUUGGGAUCAAAUGGAUUUGGAUCAAACGGAUUAGGAUCAAAUGGAUUAGGACCAAAUGGUUUAGGUCCCAACGGAUUGGGGUCUAACGGAUUUGGAUCUAACGGGAUGGGAUCAAAUGGAUUUGGAUCGAAUAACUUCGGAUCAAGCAACAAUAACUUUGGAUCAAGCAGCAACAACUUUGGAUCCAGCAGCAAUAACUUUGGAUCCAGCAACAAUAACUUUGGAUCAAGCAAUAGUUUCGAAAAUGGAUUGGGAUCCAACAGUUAUGAUGAUUGUGUAUGCGUUCCUUAUGAUCAGUGCACGACUCUCAAUCAGGCUGGAAGAAAAGAUGACCUUUAUCUUGCCAUUGAUCCCCGAAACCUUGGAAAGGACAUCGAAGCUGAAACAGCUGUUGUCACAGAUGGAAAUAAUACCAUGAGUGUUGUUCGAAUUACCAAAGAAGUCAGUGAGUCUGAAGAAUUAGAAAAGACAAAGGAUCUUAAAGACGAAACAACAAAGGAAGAGAAAGAGAGAACCAAGAGAGAUGUCAAACAUCUGGAUGCCAAAGACAAGAAGCAGGAAGCUGAAAGUCGCUUGUUAGCUGGAAAUCUGGACACAUCCAAGUUAAAUCUGAAGCCAACCUGGGGUGUGAGCUUUGGUCUUCCGCAAUCUGGUGGAGGCAACUAUCCAAUCAAUCCAUAUGGUGAACAAUCUCUGAUAAACCCGUACCCUGGAUAUGGUGCUGGUGGCUAUGGUGCUGGUGGCUAUGGUGCUGGUGGAUAUGGUGCUGGAGGAUAUGGUGCUGGAGGCCAGGGAAUCAAUCUAGGUCUUGUAUCAAUAAACCCUUUGGUAGCAGUUCAGGUAACGAAAGAUGAUUACGGAGAAAAGGUGAUAAAACCAUUUGUAAAUCUUCAUGUGACACCUAAUCAGGGUCUCGUCAACAAAUUUGGUAAUAUCCUACAAAACAAAAAACAGGCCUUAUUUGGAGGAUACCAAGGAAACUAUGCUCCUCAAUAUUAUCCUUCCGGACCCCCUAGCUAUGUGGAUCGACCUGGUCACUUUCAUCCAUCUCAGCCACACUAUCCGAAUUAUGGACCUGUUCAUUACGAGAAACCUUAUCAACAUCACCACGAGCAUCACCAUUAUCAUCAGCAGAAACCUCACAGACCUACCUACCACGGGGGAUAUGGAUAUCCUGGAUACUACAAUAGGGAAGAAAAUGACUAUGAUGAUGAUAAUUUUGGAGACUUUGGAGACUACAAUGAUGGCUAUUAUAGAAAUGCAAGAGCUAACAUUUCUGCCGAAAGUAACAGAGCUUUCGACCCACAAAUAGGAGAUAAUAAUCAGCAACAAGAGAAUUAUAAUCAGGGUGUCAGAAUCAAUCAGGGAGUGAGAAAUAAUCAGGGAAAAGCAGGUUUCGGAGAUGGAAAAGUUUCUUUUCCGUCAAGAAAGAAGCGAGAGGUUGAGGAGAGACAAUUUGGAAGACCUCCGGUAUGCGGGCCUAGUCAUGUCUGCUGCCGUAAAGCCAAUAUUAUUGGUCGUCCUGGAAGACCUGGUCAAUGUGGAACAAGGAAUGGUCAAGGAAUCAAUGGUCGUAUCAAGAACCCUGUUUACGUCGAUGGAGACUCAGAAUUUGGUGAAUAUCCAUGGCAAGUGGCUAUCUUGAAAAAGGACCCAUCCGAGAGUGUGUAUGUUUGUGGUGGAACCCUAAUUUCACCUCGUCACGUCUUGACUGCUGCUCAUUGCGUAAAAACUCACGCAGGUCGAGAUCUCCGAGCUCGUCUUGGCGAAUGGGAUGUGAAUCAUGAUGUCGAAUUCUUCCCCUACAUCGAAAGAGAUGUUGUCAGCGUUUAUGUCCAUCCAGACUUUUAUGCCGGUACUCUUUACAAUGACCUCGCUAUUUUAAAACUGGAUCAAGACGUAAACUUUGAGAAGAAUCCUCACAUCAGUCCAGCUUGUCUUCCACAAAAAUUCGAAGACUUCACUGGCACCAGAUGCUGGACAACUGGAUGGGGUAAAGACGCUUUUGGUGACUUUGGAAAGUACCAAAACAUCCUGAAGGAAGUGGAUGUUCCAGUCGUGAGCAACCCUGUUUGUGAACAACAAAUGAGAAGAACCAGAUUGGGACCAAGUUUCAAUCUGCAUCCAGGAUUCAUCUGUGCAGGAGGAGAAGAAGGAAAAGAUGCUUGCAAAGGUGAUGGUGGUGGUCCCAUGGUUUGUGAAAGACAGGGAAAAUGGCAAUUGGCUGGAGUCGUUUCCUGGGGUAUUGGUUGUGGUAAAGCUGGUGUUCCUGGAGUUUACGCUCGAGUUUCUUACUAUCUUGACUGGAUCAACCAAGUUGUUAAUCAAUAUUAGGAAAAAAUGUCUCAUCCAUAAACAAGACAUUCAGAUACAAUUAAAAAUCUUCAAGCACCAGGUAUCUUUAACAGCUUUGCAAUAUUGCUGCAACAUUGUGACAAUAUUGAUUGCUGUUAGGGAUGUAUCGUGAAAUGUUUAUUAAAUAAUUAUUUCUCUGAUAUCUUAGUGCUUGAAUGUAAUUAUUGUGGAAAUUUCAUUCCGUCCUUUAUUUGCUAAUAUGUUAUUAUUUUUUAGUAUAAAUUAUGAUAGCAAUAGCUUAUUUAUCUGAAGAGAAAGGAUAUAAUAUUGUGAUACUGCGAUAUUUGAAUCAAUUAAAUUAUAUUCCUUGUAUAUAGUUAUCCACUCUUCGUUUUUUGAAUCACUGAAUUGUAAUUUUCAUUCUUUUUAUAUUCAAUAUUUUCCAUGAAUUAGGUUUAGUGUAUUUUAAGAUUCGGAUCUUGUCCGGAGCGUUGAGUAAUGCAAUUUCUUUGCAAUUUUUCGUUAGUAUGUGAACAAAUAAAAUUAUUUAAAAAA